UUGCUUGUACCAGUGAUGGUGAAACAUCAGAGAGGAGCUGUGACAGCAGUUAUGAACAUGAGUUUGUUUCUGCUGCUUCUGCUGUCAGGACUUCUGUGCAGCGCUUCUGGUCUUUGGCGAAAUUAUCAGUACAUAAAAAUAAGUAUGACAUGGACAGAUGCUCAGAGUUACUGUAGAGAGAGAUUCACUGAUCUGGCUACUGUAGACUCGAUGGAUGAUGUGAACAGAAUAAUAGAUUUAGUGAAUGAAACGGAUGGGUACAAAGGAUCAGUAUGGAUUGGACUGCAGAAGGCAGCACAGAAGCGUUGGGUUUGGUCAAAUGGAGAAGAAACCAUUUCACAGUACAAUGCAUGGGACAUAUUAGAACCCUAUGGAAGUGGAGAUUGUGUUUCAAAUUACUAUAAUGCUUGGUACGAUGGUGGGUGUGAAAACUCCAUACGUUUUGCAUGUUACAAUGAAAGUACUGGAUAUGUCAGAAUAAAUUCUUUGAAAAACUGGACAGAUGCUCAGAGUUACUGCAGACAGCAUUACACUGAUCUGGCCAUUGUCCACAACUCUCAAGAGCAGCAACAGCUACAUGCAGUUCUUGGAAGAUUUUAUAGCUUCUGGAUUGGUCUGUACUUAGACUCUUGGCAGUGGUCUGAUCAGUGGAACCUCACCUUUAAAAACUGGGCAGCAGGACAUCCAUUGGGGAAAUAUGGUAACUGUGUUGCUAUGUCAACAACUGACUCUGGGAAAUGGGUUCGAUAUUACUGUGACCAAAAGCACUAUUUCAUCUGCAAUGGAGCUAAUAGACAGAUUGUCAGACUGAACUUCUCCAAUGAUGGGAAACAAAACUUGAUUGAUCCUUCGGUACAGGAUGCCAUUCUUAAUGAGAUAAAUGUAAAGCUAAAGAGCCUUGGACUGGAGAAUGCACAGAUAAACUGGAGAAAGGAUGAAGAUGGAGAGGUGUUUCAUCUGAUUGAACAGAGAGUGAAUUCAAGUACUCCAUGUGAUAUACAACCCUGAACCGAUGUUUUUAAUGUAAAACUUUAGAACAGUCUCAAGAGAAUAUAAAAUACACAAAUUUCAUAUCUAAGCUGUGUUUUUUAUACCUAGAUUUUUUAUAAAGAUUAAUGUAAACAUGAGGAAAUUAAAUCUAUUGACUUCAUUCUGUCGGUACACUAACCUUUCUUAUUUUCUAAGCCACCGUUAAUGUUGUUUUGUUGUAUAC